AAUCAUUAGUGGGUGGUACGUACGCUUUCCCUUUGCCGGCGCAUGAUAAAAGGAGAAGUUUCUUUCGCUUAUUCUGGAAUCCAGACACCAAAGCACCAUCAAUGGCGAUGGCGUCCAACCGCCUCCUUCCGCUCGCGCUGCUGCUCCUCCUGCUCGCCGUGGCACACGCCGACACCCCACGGCUGGAGCCCACCGUCCGGCUGCCGUCGCAGCGCAUGGCGGCCGGGCAGGGGGACGAUGGCUCCGUCGGGACCAGGUGGGCCGUCCUCGUCGCCGGCUCCAACGGCUACCAGAACUACCGCCACCAGGCAGAUAUUUGCCACGCCUACCAGAUCUUAAAGAAGGGUGGUCUCAAGGAUGAGAACAUCAUCGUCUUCAUGUACGACGAUAUUGCACACAACCUAGAGAACCCAAGGCCGGGCGUCAUCAUCAACCACCCCCAAGGUGGAGAUGUCUAUGCUGGGGUCCCUAAGGAUUACACUGGGAAGGAGGUUAAUGUCAAGAACUUGUUUGCUGUCCUACUCGGUGAUAAAACUGCUGUGAGUGGUGGGAGCGGCAAAGUCUUGGACAGCGGCCCUAAUGAUCACAUUUUUGUGUUUUACAGUGACCAUGGGGGUCCUGGAGUCAUUGGGAUGCCUACCAAUCCAUAUGUUUACGGUGACGAUCUUGUAGAUGUCCUAAAGAAAAAGCACGCUGCUGGAACCUACAAAAGCCUGGUAUUUUACCUUGAAGCCUGUGAAGCCGGGAGCGUCUUCGAGGGGCUUCUGCCGAAUGACAUCGGUGUCUACGCGACCACCGCGUCGAAUGCAGAGGAGAGCAGUUGGGGAACAUAUUGCCCCGGCGAGUACCCCAGCCCUCCACCGGAAUAUGACACCUGCUUGGGCGACCUUUACAGCAUUUCUUGGAUGGAAGACAGUGAUGUGCACAACCUGAGAACUGAAUCUCUGAAGCAGCAAUAUGACUUGGUCAAGAAGAGAACAGCAGCUCAGAACUCAUACAGCUAUGGUUCCCAUGUGAUGCAAUACGGUUCUUUGGACCUGAAUGCUCAACAACUCUUCUUGUACAUCGGCUCAAAUCCUGCUAACAAGAACACUACAUUUGUUGAAGAUAACUCACUGCCGUCCUUCUCAAGAGCUGUUAAUCAGAGGGAUGCUGAUCUUGUUUACUUCUGGCACAAGUACCGGAAAUUGGCUGAGAGUUCCCCUGAGAAAAACGAUGCCCGGAAGCAAUUGCUCGAAAUGAUGAGUCAUAGAUCGCAUAUCGACAAUAGCGUCGAGCUGAUUGGAAACCUUCUGUUUGGUUCUGCGGAUGGUCCAAUGGUUCUAAAGACUGUUCGCCCAGCCGGUGAGCCUCUUGUUGAUGACUGGAGUUGUCUCAAGUCUACGGUGCGUGCUUUUGAAUCACAAUGUGGCUCGCUGGCGCAGUAUGGAAUGAAGCACAUGCGGUCCUUUGCAAACAUCUGCAAUGCCGGCGUCCUUCCUGAAGCGAUGGUGAAGGUCGCUGCUCAGGCAUGCAAGAGCAUCCCAACCAACCCCUGGAGUGCCACACACAAGGGUUUUAGUGCUUAAACCAUAGGUGAAGCAACCUAGUCACAAUUUCAGCUAUUGCACCAUACACCAAAGUUUCUUCCCAUUCACAUAGGGCUAGUACUUCGUAGUGAUUGAACGAACCUUAAUUAGAUGAAGAGGAAUUAUGCCAUUAUUUCAGCUAUUCCACCACACCAAAUUACCUUCGUUGUGCCAGCUUAUAAUGUACAUAUACGAUAGUAGAAAGGUGAUUUCCUGUGAUUGCUGUACAUACUCAUGAUAGUUUGUGAUCAGAUGUGUAGCUCGCGAUUCCAUAUAUGAAGAAUGCAUGCAUUGCUAUUUCUA